AUGAGGCAGAGCUUUAAUGAGGGAUGUGACGGUGUCAUUUGGUACUCCACACCCAGUCUGACCAUUAAGAUCUCUCACGAAUGCUCCCAGAGGAAUCGGUGCGAGCGUGCAGACGAGCCGUAUCGUUUCACCGCUUCCCUCAGCCAGUGCGUGAAGGCCACCGUCUACCCAGGAAGCAUCGCGGUGUCGGAGCCCAGCUUAUCCCUCGCAGCCGUCGAUGUGACCUCAAAUCACACUGUUAGAUUUACGGAAACAUUUUCGACUUUCAUCAAAAUCAACAAAAUAAGCCGGCUGACGAGGGAGGCAGCCAAAGCCGGCAAACCCAGACAGUCCACGUCUCCUGAAAGAGCCGCGGUUAAGCUGCUCAGCUGUCCCGGCGGCCCCGCGGCGUUCAGCGAGACGCAGAUAAAACAAAGACAAAAAAACUUCAAGCGCCGCGGCCCUAAAAUAACAGCUAAUGGAGCACGGCUGCGAAAUGCCAUGCUCCUGGUGAAGGUGAGCGACGUUCCGGACCUUUCUGCGGGCAUCACGUGCUCCUUCGGCAACCUAACGGAGGUGGAGGGCCAAGUGAGCGGCAACCAGAUCCGCUGCGUGUCUCCCGCCGCCAAGGACGUCCCUCUCAUACCCACCGACCAAGGUACAUGCAGAAAACACACAAAUGAAGACUUGUUUGCUUCCACAAAAAGACACAAAGGGAGGGUGGGACGCUAG